AUGCCUUACACCGCCAUCGUCAUGUACCCCAAUGAGUCGGAUAUCCAGUUCGACGAGUCUUACUACAUGAAGACCCACAUGCCCCUCGUUGAGGCUACCUGGAAGAAAUACGGCCUCAACAGCUGGCAGGUCACCAAGUUCCCCAAAGCGCUUGAUGGCUCGCGCUCUGAGUAUUUGAUUAUGGCCACUCUUCAGUGGGAGAGCGAAGAGGCCCUGCAGACUGCUCUGAAGGACUCGGGCAGUGCCCAGGUCUUCGGUGAUAUCCCUAACUUCACCAACAAGAAGCCUGUCACUUUGGCUGGAUCGAACCUUUAA